AUGAAGAGCUAUCUGCGGCAUGGUCCGACAGAGGCGUUCGGGCUCAUCGCGACGGGUCCUGCGGUGUACGAUGGUCGCAAGGCGUACUGCCCCGCUCUCGAGGAUGUGCUCGUGUGGGACGUCAAGAAGGGCGAGCAGGUCGCCAUGUGGCACGAGACGGGCCUGCGCGCACUCGUAACCUGUCUCUCGCGCUCUCCGACAGACUGGGACUCGUUCGCGGUGGGCUACGCAGACGGUUCCGUGCGGAUCUGGAACGCCAAGACUCAGAGCGUGACUGUCACGUUCAACGGACACAAGACGGGCGUGACGGCGCUGGCGUGGGAUGCGGAUGGGACGAGGUUGGCGAGCGGAGCGAGGGAUACGGAUGUGAUCCUCUGGGACGUGGUGGGCGAGGUUGGAUUGUUCAGGUUGAGGGGACACAGGGAUCAGAUCACGAGUUUGGCGUUUGUCGCGCCGAGACCGGGGUCCGAGAUCGACUCGUCCGACUCGAACGUCGACAACGCAACGACUUCGACUUCUGCCGCCACGUCUGCACCACCGGCGAAACCCUCGACACACCUCAUCUCGUCGUCGAAGGACACGUUCAUCAAGAUGUGGAACUUGACGACCCAGCACUGUAUCGAGACGGUCGUCGCGCACCGGUCCGAGGCGUGGUCCUUCGCCUACGACGCGGACAGCAAUGUGCUCGUUUCGGGUGGAGGCGAGGGGGAAGUCAAAUGCUGGAAGGUGGACAACGAGGUGCUGUUGCGAGGAGUCGCAGCGGUCGUCGAGGACGAAGAGCAGGCUCGCUCGUCGUCCGUUGCCGCCUCCGCUCCGCCAAAGAAGAAGCUCAAGCGCGCCAUCUCGCCUAUCGCAGCCCUCUCCCUCCCGAACCCGAACCACACGCACAAUAUCACCCAAAUCACCCUUCACUCCACUCUGCCUGUCCUUGCCGUCCAUUCGGGCGAACGCGCGAUCGAUGUUUUCCGCUUGCGGACGGAGGAGGAGUUGAGGAAGAAGCUGGCGAGGAGGAGGAAGCGCGAGAGGGAGAAGAAGGAGAAGGGCAAGGCGGGGAAGGGAAAGGGGAAGGGAAAGGCGGUAGAGGGCGAGGACGAGGGGGAGGACGAAGACGGGCUCGAGGUCGCGCCCGACGGCACCGUCGAGUGGAGAGAUCGGCUUGCGGUGUGGUCGACGAUUCGGACGAGCGGCAAGAUCAAGAACUUCUCGUUCGCGCCCGAGACGCUCAAGACCAAGGGCGAGGUGCAGAUCCUGGCCUCGCUCGCCAACAACUCGCUCGAGGUUUACAAUCUCCCUCCUCCCGCAUCGUCAAAAGCGCCUGCUGUUGAGCCGAUCAAGAUGUACACGCUCGACUUGCCCGGCCACCGCUCCGAUGUCCGCUGCCUCGCUGUCUCCUCUGACGACCAGCUCAUCGCCUCGGCCAGUCAUGGCUCGCUCAAGCUAUGGAACGUCAAGACGACGCGGUGUGUGCGGACGAUGGAUUGCGGAUACGCCAUCUGCUGCUCGUUUUUGCCUGGCGACCGGCAUAUCGUUGUCGGCACCAAGUCCGGCGAGCUCCUCCUCUACGACCUGUCCUCGUCCUCCCUCCUCGAAACCUUCGCCGCCCACACCGCUCCCUUGUGGUCAGUCCACGUCCGACCCGACCAGCGCGGCCUCGUCACCGGUUCCGCCGACAAGGACGUAAAGUUCUGGGAUUUCGAGGUCCGACAAAUACCGUCCGAAAUCGAGGGUGGCGCACCCGUCCGCGUUCUCACCCUCGCGCACGUCAGGACGCUCAAGAUGACGGACGACGUGCUCGCUGUCAAGUACAGUCCCGAUGGACGUUUGCUGGCGGUCUCGCUGCUCGACUCGACGGUCAAGGUCUUUUACGCCGACACGCUCAAGUUCUUCCUCUCGCUCUACGGUCACAAGCUCCCCGUCCUCUCGCUCGACAUCUCGUCCGACUCGAAACUGAUCGUCACCUGCUCCGCCGACAAGAACGUCAAGAUCUGGGGCCUCGAUUUCGGAGACUGCCACCGCUCGCUCUUCGCGCACGACGAGUCGGUCAUGCAAGUUGCGUUUGAGCGGGGCAGUCAUUUGUUCUGGAGCGUUGGGAAGGACAGGAUGGUCAAGUAUUGGGACGGCGACAAGUUCGAGUGCAUCCAAAAGCUCGCGGGUCACUCGGGCGAAGUCUGGGCGCUCGCGGUCAGCCAGAAGGCGAACUUUGUCGUGACAGGUUCGCACGACAAGUCGAUCCGCGUCUGGGAGAAGACGGACGAGCCGCUCUUCCUCGAAGAAGAACGGGAGCGCGAGCUCGAGGAGAUGUACGCGAACGCCUCGAACCCUCGCGGCGACCGGGACGAGCUGCGCGUCCUUCCAUCCGGCGAAGAAGUUCCUCAAGACGAAGCGACCGAGGUGUCCAAGUCGACGACCGAGACGCUGAUGGCGGGCGAGCGGAUCCUCGAAGCGCUCGAGAUCUCCGAGGCGGACAAGGCUGCGCUCGCGGCUUACGAAGAGGAGAAGCGCCGACAGCCUACGGACGAGAUGGCCAGUCGCGUGCCACACCCGACGCGUAAUCCCGUCUUCAGCAUGUACUCGAACUGCUCGGCGGAAGAGUAUGUCCUCAAGGUCGUCAAGGCGAUUCCCGCGGCGCAGUUGCAGGACGCCUUGCUCGUCUUGCCGUUCGGGAGGGUAGUACAGCUCAUCGAGCACAUCGACGUUUGGGCUCACCGGGGCUGGAACCUCCCCCUUACAUCCCGCGUCCUCUUCUUCCUCCUCCGCACGCACUACUCGCAAAUCGUCGCGACUCGCGCUCUCCGCCCGACGAUGGUAGCGCUCAAGUCUCACCUCCGCGACGCACUCAAGAAGCAGAAGAAUGUCCUCGGUUACAACCUCGCCGCGCUGAAGUACCUCCAGCGCCAGCACGACUCGAACAAGGUUGCCGAGUUCUACGAGCAGGAGGUCCUUGGUGGAUCUGGAGGCGGAGGGGGAGGAGGGAUGGUGGAUGAGAAGGCUGUGAGGGAGAUGAUCGAGAAGAGUGCGAAGAAGAGGAAGAGGGCGGCUUUGAGGACGUAG